AUGCCGCUUCUAUAUCGAACCAACCUUGAUGAUGAGAAGAAGGAAACUAAGGCAACCAUGAAGAAUCAAAUAAGCCUUGACGAUGAAGAUGAGAACUGUGGUCUGCGUUUCAAUGCCAAAAAGAUUGCUGCUAUGCCAUCAACAACUCUAUCACAAAAUUGCUGCAAACCUGGGGAAUCUACAACUGCUGGGAGCAUAUACAUGCUAUUUGAAGGGAUGUUCAAAGUGAAAUGA